GGCAUCAACAAAGAAGUCAUCAGUAUGCAGCACGUGCGGCAAAAUUAUUGGGACACAUACACACACACACACACGUCUUCAAUAAAUUAUUCACCCGAAUGCAUUUUUUCGACAAUUCUAAGAUAGUUGACAAACUGUGGCUCAGGGCCCAAAAGUGGGCCGUGGAUGCUUUUUUUGGGGUCAUUUGUUCUAAAUUGAGCGGCCUUUUUCCAAAUAUUUGUUGCUAACAGCCCCCCCACACACACACACACACACACACCACCACCAAAAAAAUAGCAUUUUAACUGACAUUUCAAUUUAACUGUAGGUGGCGCGUUGGCGCAGCUGGUAAACCGUUGGCCUCACACUUCUGAGGUCCCGGGUUCAAUCCCUGACCCGCCUGUGUGGAGUUUGCAUGUUCUCCCCGUGCCUGCGUGGGUUUCCUCCGGGUACUCCGGUUUCCUCCCACAUUGGCAAAAACAUGCAACACUAAUUGGACACUCUAAAUUGACCCGAGGUGUGAUUGUGAGCGCGAUUGGUUGUUUUUCUCUACGUGCCGUGCGACUGGGCGGCAACCACUUCAGGGUGUACCCCGCCUCCUGCCCGUUGACAGCUGGGAUAGGCUCCGGCACUCGCAACGACCCUCGUGAGGAUAAGCGGCAAAGAAAAUGGAUGGUUGAAUAUACAUAAAUUAUCCAGCCAUCUGUUUUCCGAGCCACUUAUCCUCACAUACGGUGCGAGUAAAAGCCAAAAGAGUGUUUUGCUAUUUCCAUAUUGUUGAUUUCAAUUGCGGGUAUGUUAAUACGUGAGACUGAAACUGGAUCCUGCGGCUGCAUGUCGUCAUCAUCCGUCUCGGAACAUUUUGGAGACGGCGAGAUGGUCUUUGACACCCCUCCCCUGGGACUGAGUUCCGCCAAAGCCGACGCGGCAUCCGUUCCGACUCUCGUAGCGUCCGCUGGCAAAGCCCCCCCCGAAAAAAAAAAAAAAAAAAACGCGCUGCAAACUUUUGGCUGUAUGGCUCAGGAGCACCGAACCCAACGAACACCACCUCCAGCGUUAGCCGCCUAGACGGGUUGCCGUCGGUCGCUAACGUCGUUGAAUCUCGCAUGCUAGCAGAGACGCUGCGGUCUUGUUUUCAUUUGCGUUCAGAUGGUGUGUCUGGACAAAUGCUAUCGUCUAAGGUAGCCGGCUAAACGGGCCGCCGUAGCGAUUGCGUCUCGAUGAAAACCAACAAAGGAGUGAAGUUUUAGCUGUAUUGCUCAGUUGCGCUAACUCCAAACAAAUACCAAGCGUGAGGUCUGCUGCCUGAAGGGGAUGCUAGAGCACCGUUACAGAGCGGUCGGAUAACAUAACAUCAAUAUUUGCAGCGAUCGGCGGAAUGUUUUUGUCUGGCUUUUUUCAAACAUCCUUGAGCGAGUCGGUUCGCUGAUGGCUGCGGUCGAAACCUUCCGGACAGGCCGGCGUGACCUGCGCAAGGAACAAAUAACGCCUUCGACUAGUCCAAACAGUUCAACAGGACGCGGCGUCGCAACGGCCCCCGGCCCGGCCCGGCCCGGCCCGGCACGUCACGAAAGCCGCGCUUUAAAUCCUCCGCCGUCAACAAUCUGUUGUGUCUGUCCCAGCGGGGCGCCGAGAUGGGCUGCAUCAAGAGCAAAGAGGACAAAAGCCCCGCCAUCAAGUACGGCCCGGAGAACCCCUCGCCGUCCGACCCCAACUCCGCCGCCGCCCCGCCCCACGUGGGCCACUACGGGCCCGACCCCACCCAGCUCCAGCCAAGUCUAGCACCGUCCGCCUCCUGCUGCUCCGGUGGCGCUAACUUCAACUCUGCCUUCGCGCCCUUCGGGGGAUCCUCGACCGCUAUGACCCCUUUCGGGGGGGCGUCCUCCUUCACCGGUCCUGUGUCCACUUCCUUCUCUGGUUCUGUCCCGAGCGGCGUGACCUUCUUCGUGGCGCUGUACGACUACGAGGCCAGAACGUCGGACGACCUCUCGUUCAAGAAGGGCGACCGCUUCCAGAUCAUCAACAACACAGAAGGAGACUGGUGGGAAGCUCGCUCCAUCACCAGUGGCAAGAAAGGCUACAUCCCCAGUAACUAUGUGGCGCCUGCGGACUCCAUACAGGCUGAAGAGUGGUACUUUGGGAAAAUGGGCCGCAAGGACGCCGAGAGAUUGCUGCUGAAUCCGGGGAAUCAUCGCGGGACCUUCCUGGCGCGGGAAAGCGAAACCACGAAAGGCGCUUUUUCUCUCUCCAUCCGCGACUGGGACGAAGCCAGAGGCGACAACGUGAAGCACUACAAGAUCCGCAAGUUGGACAGCGGCGGCUACUACAUCACCACGCGAGCGCAGUUCGACACCUUGCAGAAACUCGUCAAACACUACACGGGUACGUACGUCUUUGUCCACAAAUGUAGCGGGACACAUAGCCCCUGCCGUUUUGCGUUCGCCGCAACGCGUCCGGGCGUACGGGUAAAGAAUUCCGCGCCCUCUCGUACCGCAGAACAUGCCGACGGGCUGUGCCACAAGCUCACCGCCGUUUGCCCCACCGUCAAACCUCAGACGCAGGGUCUCGCCAAGGACGCCUGGGAGAUACCCCGAGAGUCCCUCAGGCUGGAGCUCAAGCUGGGCCAGGGCUGCUUCGGAGAGGUCUGGAUGGGUACGUGGAACGGCACCACCAAAGUGGCCAUCAAGACGCUGAAGCCGGGCACCAUGUCGCCCGAGGCCUUCCUGCAGGAGGCUCAGAUCAUGAAGAAGCUGCGGCACGACAAACUGGUGCCGCUGUACGCCGUGGUCUCGGAGGAGCCCAUCUACAUCGUCACCGAGUACAUGGCCAAAGGCAGCUUGCUGGACUUCCUCAAAGAAGGUGACGGAAAGUUCCUGAAGCUUCCCCUGCUCGUGGACAUGGCUGCACAGAUCGCAGACGGCAUGGCGUUCAUCGAGAGGAUGAACUACAUCCACCGGGACCUGCGCGCCGCCAACAUCCUGGUCGGCGACAACCUGGUGUGCAAGAUCGCCGACUUUGGCCUGGCCAGGUUGAUCGAGGACAACGAGUACACGGCCAGGCAAGGAGCCAAGUUCCCCAUCAAGUGGACGGCGCCGGAGGCGGCGCUGUACGGACGCUUCACCAUCAAGUCGGACGUGUGGUCCUUCGGCAUCUUGAUCACGGAGCUGGUCACCAAAGGCAGAGUGCCCUACCCGGGCAUGGUGAACCGCGAGGUUCUGGAGCAGGUGGAGCGCGGCUACCGGAUGCCGUGCCCGCAGGGCUGCCCCGAGUCGCUGCACGAGAUGACCAAGCUGUGCUGGAAGAAGGAGGCGGACGAGCGGCCCACCUUCGAGUACGUCCAGUCCUUCCUGGAGGACUACUUCACCGCCACCGAGCCCCAGUACCAGCCCGGGGAGAACCUAUAGCUAGACCGUUGCGAUUGGCGCCGACUUGCGUCGUAACGCCUGCGCAAAUUCAUAAGCGGACGAAAAUCUGCCUUUUACAAAGGUGACGUCGGCGUCAAAUAUGGACCACGACAGCUGUACAGGCGCAGCCCGCUAAAUUGGAACGUCAGAAAAAUGCAUUUAAGUUGUUCAGUUCGGGAAGUGAAACUCGUCCAAUGUGUGAACUUCAUUUCGAUAUGUCACGUUAUUAUUUAAAUGUUAUUCAUUUACUGAUUAUUUCACAGAAUUAAGUUGAUGAGCAGGGGGAGAGAUGUCAAUGUGUAUGUAUUGUACAAUCAUACUUAUUCUAUCUUUCAAAUAUGUUAAAUAUUAGAAUCAAUCGACCUGUUUUGUAUUUUAAAAAUUCAAAAAAAAGUUACAUUUUUGUUUUGUAUUUAUCGGUAUUAUUUAAAAUAAACCAACUAUUGAAUGAGCUAAAUGAAUAAAAACAUACAUUUAAAUUCAUCAACUUGAAGUGAGGGAAAUGUAACAAUUAAUAAUUAAUAUUACAACCUAACUGAUGAUUUAAAUGUUCGACGGCCCGGAUUGGAGACCUGAGAGGCCCGUAUGCAGCCCCCAGACCAUACUUUGCCCACCGGUGUAUUAUAGACGAUCAAUUAUUAUUUAAUGAGCUAAAUGAAUAAAAACCUACAUUUGAAUUCAUCAACUUGAAGUGAGGGAAAUGUAACAAUUAAUAAUUAAUCUUGCAACCUAAUUGAUGAUUUAAAUGUUCGACAGCCCGGAUUGCAGAACUGAGAGGGCCGUAUGUAGCCCCCAGACCAUACAUUGCCCACCCAUAUAUUACAGAUGAUAAAUUAUUAUUUUUUCUUUCUUACAAAAUUGGUGACUACAGCAAAAUCGACAACCUCGUCAUCCCAAGGAGGUUUUUUUUUUUUUGCCAAAUGAAUCUGAACAACGUACGAGUUUCACUUUAUGAACUGAAUUUAUUAGAUAUGAUUUAUAUUAACAUAUCCAAUUUAUGCGGACGCACCCGUAUUUAGCAUCAACGGUUGCGGCAUGAAAUGUAGUGUCACCAUAAUGCCACGAAAUGGAUAAAAACCCACAUAGUAAGGGAAUCAAAUUUCAAAACGACUCCAUCGUACGUACACGAGUGUCCGAUCGCGUUUGUUUACGUCGCACGCACGCGAGCCACGAGGGAACCGAUCGCCGCAGAUCCGAGACCUCGCCGGAUUUGCCGAGGUGUUCUACAAGGUAGCGCGGUGAAUUAUGCAUCAAAAGCAUUAAUUAUGAAUAAAGCUACAAUGGAGAGUCCCGCCGGGGAUCGGCGGCCUUCUGUCAUAGCGCGUGAUUCAUAUCGGGCGGUUUUAAUACCAACUGUGCAUUCCAAGGCCUUCAGUAUCCAUAUAUUUCUGUCAUACAUGCUUAAAAUGGUGACUUUUACAUUGAUUUGUAUAUAUUUUUUUUUUUUUUAAUAUGCUGUGUAUUCUGACAGGAGCGUAGACUAAACCUCUUGGAAAUGUGACUGAAUCUUUAUGUACAUCAAGCAGCAUAGCAAUAUACACAAACUUAUGUAUUGAUUUCCCCCGUGGGAAUGACGUUAUUGAACUUUGUACAUGAUGGGAAACCUUUAA